AUGUGUCCGCAGAAGCCCUUUUGCGGUAGAAAUGCUGUGCCCAUGGUUGAGUUUAUCCGGAUGCUUCGCGACCAAAGAGACCAGGAAGGUCGAACAAAGUUCCCUAGGCGCCUCAAUGGCCGCUUAGCAUCACCUCCCUUAGUAAAAAGGGAGAACGGCAAUUGCAUUCCCAUAAUAUUGGAAUCUGCCCAAAUGGAAAAGGAAGUGGAGGACAAGGAUACACUAACUGUUGAACCGAUAGAAGCAGUAGUCGUCAAAAAAAAGCGGCCACGAAGCACGCCUUUUGACGAAAAAUACGAAACCAGAUUUGUACCAUCACCCUUCGCCUGCGAAAUAUUGACCAGGUCAUCUAAAGGAAUGUACAGCUCGACUUACGUAGAUAUUGAACUAUCUUCACUUGGUCUAGAACCUUUGGUCAGGGAUAUUGCGGAGUCACGUAGAAAGGGAAAAUUGUUGACCGGAGUUCGGUGUUGCUAUUUGCGUUUAGGCACGGCUCUUGUAGUGAGUGGAUGCAUUGUGGAAGUAAACGUCACGGACUUUACUGCACAGGUUGUUCCAGACAAGGGACUUCGCCUCGAUGUUGAAUGGGUUGAUAUAAAAAAACUGUAUCAUAUUCCGGAUGAUCUUACAGAGGUACGGAAGACAGUAUCUGAAAGGGUCUUUGCGUUUCUACAGCGGGAGGCUGAGAAUGCGACACCCGGAAAUAAUAAUUGUGAAGGCUCCGCACAGAACGAGGAGGAGGAUUUCCAAGCAUCGCAGACUCAAUUUGACUAUGCUUUAAAUGCUGGUCGUCGUCUUUCUGCGGAUGCUUGUAGCGAAUAA